UUUGUUUAAAUUAUAGAGAACCCGCCUAUUAACCUUUUUCGUUUCCGAACGCGUAGGUCUGCAAUUUCGGCACGACGUAAUGAGGAGCUGUGAAUGUUCCAAUAAAUAGUUGCGGCAUUGUUGUAAUUUUUUCGGAACAGGACUAAACAUUCAACAACGACAAUGCUUCACUAUUGCAACAUUUUGAGACCCACGUUUCAAAACUUCGUUUUUUUUUUCUGACGCCAAUAAAGCUAAAAACUGGGUUGUUGAUGAACUAAUUCGAAAUUAUAAAUCAGUUAGCAUGGAGAAACCAGUUGAAUCAUAUGAAAAAUGCCGAACUAUAGUGAAAGCUUCCAUCGAAGAUCGAGCUCACGAGGAUAUUUGGCAAUGCUUUGAGGAAAUCGCCAACGGCUCUGAUGCUGAUUCUAGUGUUUCUAGUGAUAUGGAUAGCCAAACGAUUGGUAGACAAGGCAGCGAACGUACAAGAAAAAAGGCAGCGAUUUAUGAACUAGAAAUAGAGAAAUAUUUGCAGCUACCUCUUAUAUCCAGACAAGAAGAUCCCUUAACUUGGUGGAAGUAUAGCCGCAAAGAAUAUCCAAAUUUGUUUACACUGGCAAUGAAGUAUCUCUGCGCGCCACCUUCCUCAGUGAACUCGGAAAGAGUAUUUAGUGCAUCGGGUAACAUUUAUGUUGAAAAUAGGAAUAGGUUGUUACCCGAUAAUGCGGAAAUGCUUCUUUUCGUAAUGAAAAAUAUACAGAUUGUUAACCUUGAUUACUAAUUAGACACUUUUAAAUUGGAUUACAAAAAUACAA